GAACUCAGAAGGGGUUUAGUUUUGUGAGAGGACUCUUUGAGUGUAUUAUGGCGCGUCACAAAGCAAACGCGCCGCCGCGAGUCACACGACAGCCGGCCAAGCAAAAGUUUUCCGGCGCCGAGAGAUCAGCUCUGUUCGCCAGAAGGGAAGCUGCUAAUGUGCUCCGGACCGUUCUCCGAGGUGACGCCGACCGCCGAGCCGUCGCUUCCAUAAAGUCACUCGUUUUCAGCCCUUCCGUACGCAACAAACGCGCCACUUUCGCUCUCGUUUGCGAGACUCUCAAGCAUCUUAAUGUGAUAAAGGAUGUUCUGGAAAUCGCUAACAUAUUGAAUAGUAAAUGGAAGAGGCAAGAGCCAUUGGUCUACAUUAUUUGCUACGAUAUCCUUUUCGGAAAGGAUACUCCAUCAGUUGGUGAUGCUGAGAAGAUUCUCAUGCGCCAUAAAGAUGCUUUGCUGUCUGGUCUAGCCACGCUUCUAGUGAGAAAGAAAGUUGAAAGCGUAGAUGAGUUGUUGGGUCUUUCUCAGCUUAAAGGUCAUGUAAAACCACGUUAUGUUCGUGUAAAUACACUCAAGAUGGAUGUAGAUUCGGCAGUGCAGGAGCUAGAGAAACAGUAUAAGGUGCAGAAGGAUGAGACAGUUCCUGACUUGUUGGUGAUGCCCCCUGGCAGCGAUUUGCAUGCUCAUCAUUUGGUUAUGAAUGGGCGUAUAUUUUUGCAGGGGAAGGCAAGUUCAAUGGUAGCAGCGGCACUGCAGCCACAAGCAGGAUGGGAGGUUCUUGAUGCCUGUUCAGCUCCAGGAAACAAAACUGUUCAUCUUGCUGCUCUUAUGAAAGGACACGGAAAAAUCAUAGCAUGCGAGCUAAAUGAAGAACGUGUAAAGCGUUUGGAACAGACUAUAAAGCUGUCUGGUGCUACCAAUAUUGAAGUCUUUCAUGGUGAUUUUUUGGGCCUAGAUCCGAAAGAUCCUUCUUUUGCAAAGGUUCGGGCUAUAUUAUUAGAUCCUUCUUGCUCUGGCUCGGGAACAAUCACAGAUCGUUUGGACCAUCUCCUUCCUUCUCAUUCAGCAGAUAACAUGAACUAUGACUCCAUGAGACUGCACAAGCUCGCUGUUUUCCAGAAGAAGGCUCUUGCUCAUGCGCUCUCCUUUCCACAUGUUGAGAGAGUAGUAUACAGCACAUGCUCCAUCCAUCAGAUAGAAAACGAAGAUGUUGUCUCAUCUGUUUUACCUCUGGCUUCAUCCUUUGGCUUCGAACUUGCUACCCCUUUUCCUCAGUGGCAGCGUCGUGGUCUCCCUGUAUUUGCCGGAUCUGAACAUUUACUUAGGAUGGAUCCAGUCGAGGACAAAGAAGGGUUCUUCAUCGCUUUGUUCAUUAAGACAAACAAACUCAAUAACCCAACAUCGUCUGAACUUCCCGAGAGAGAAUGUAGAAGAAGACGCAAACAAAGAACCAAACAAUAUCAUCCGUUUCUUUGGCCCAAAGUGUUUUUUAGAGCUUGGAAUGGGAGCUUACACGGGCGUAGGAGGAAACCCGUAUGAAGAACCAACUCAGAAGACCAGGUUCCUAUUCUCAUGUGAUAGUUGUCAAAUUUUGUUCCUGCCUUUGAUCUUCAUGUUGUCAUCGAAAUUUUUGCAACAAAGGCAUGAAAGAAAUAUCGGAAACCUCUUAAACUUUUUUAUUCACAUUGAAAUGCACUUUAUU